AUGUUUCGUUUAGCGAAAAGGCGCAGUCGCAAGCCUUUUUAUUUAUUAUCUACAGUUUAUCGUCGUCGUUUAGAAAAAUUAGAAAGAGAUGCGCGUAAUAAAUUGCUACAGAAGAAUUUAAAGAUUGCUAGUGCUAGAGUCGAUUCAGACUCUGUUGAUAAAGGUCAAAUUCUUGCGGAAUCUAGUCAGCCAGGAAAUGAGGAAAUUGCAUUUUAUUCUAAUGCAUCAUCUGAUGAUAUGCAAUUUGAUGAGGCAUCAAGUUCUUCAGAUGCUGCUAAAUCUACUUCAGAUAGUGAUGAUGCAUUAGAUACUGAGCCUCAAAAUACUCGCGAUAAUUUUCAAGAACGCCUUGCUGAAGUCUUUGUAGUUCGAACACAUCCCUGUUUAUCCACAUUGCCAAAAGAUUGUAGAACGCUUUUAAAAACUCCACGGAUCACGCAUCUCACAUUUAACAUUGCAGGAGAUGAAUAUCUUCAUUUAGGGUUUGAGGCAGGAAUUCUUUUCAUUCUUGAGCAAACUUCUCCGGAUCUGAUUCCACUUGACACUUUAAUGAUAGACUUUAGUACAGAUGGUGCGACGUUAGAUGGAUGCGUAGCUUAUCGUGGUAUUCAGCAUAGACUCCGUACAGACGAAGAAUACAGAAAUAACAUUGAUGGAGAACAUCAUACUGAGUCAGAAUCUGCUCUGCAUCCUUUAGGGGUGGAAUUGCCUCAGCAUCAUCCAAGUAUCAUUCACAAUCUCCAGUAUCAUCAUCCUUGCAUGUUCCAUCACCAUCAUUCUCAUCACAACACUCAAAUAAACACAUGUCUCCUCCAUCAGCACCAUUACAACAUAGAUCCAUUGUAUCACAUUCACCUUCAAAUCAUUAUGGAUCAACUACAUCGAAUGGAAGAACGACAAAUUUCUAUAGAAAAUAAAACCGAUGAAAAUGCAAAAACUAUAAAAAGAUUAUUGAAAGAAUCUACAAUGAAGAGACCAACAAAGCCACAGGAGGUCUCAUUUAAAAUCGUGGAUGAUUUCUUGGCCUUCGAAGAAGUUGAUGAAGAGAUUAAUAAUGAUUUGGUGGGAGACUUCAUUUAUCUUGGACAAGCCAAUUCAAUAGAUUGCGCCACGGAAUAUUUUUGCAGCGUAUUUCCAGAAGACGAGGAGGUUUCAUCACACCUCAUUCUAAAUGGAAAAAGUGGACAACGAGGGGGCUGUAAAUUGCGGGACAGUCGCUUCGCUCAGGCAUGUCAAGAUGCCAUGAACUCAAACAAAUAUUUUAUUAAUCCCAACAACGUCGAAUUUUAUGACGCCCUGGAAAAGGCUUUAAAAAGUCUUAAAACCAGAAAAUGGCGUUACAAUAAGAAACGACGUCAAGAAAAUGAGGAGGACGUCCCACCAAAUCGAUGCCGCCGAAUAGACAACAAAGAUGAGAAAACUACAGAAUUUGAAGAUAUCGUGGAGACUGAGCAGGAGAUCGAUGAUGACGAAAACUUGGAGAACGAUUCACUUGGUGGCAACGAUGAACUAACAGAGACUCAACACACGGAGGAAACUGAGGAGAUUGAAGAUACGGAGGACGCUCUUUGGAAUGAGGAUAACAUCGCUGAAGAAAUCCAUGAAGAUGCUGAAAUGGAAAAUUACGUGGACGACGAUAAGAUCCAAGAGGACACAACGCGUAGACGAUAUGUAAAGCCUUGUGUCCACGAUCCGAGAAUUCAGUCCGAGAAGUUUGUAGCCAAUAAAAUAGCCGCUUUUCUGUAA